GUGACAGUAUGUACGACACAGGUGAUUCUUACUUCAGAUAUUCUGGGAUUAUUUUUGUUUAAUUUUGAGACUCACACAGGUGACAGUAUGUACGACACAGGAGACAGUAUGUACGACACAGGUGACAGUAUGUACGACACAGGAGACAGUAUGUACGACACAGGUGAUAGUUGGUACGAUCUGUCUGGGAUGUUCUUCUCCACCCCAGACAGAGACAAUGACAGGUAUACUUAUACUGACUGUGCUGGGUACAAUGAAGGUGGCUGGUGGUUUAACGCCUGUCACUAUGCCUUCCUGAACGGUCCCUGGUCCCCGGGGUACUGGGAGUGGCCAUGGAAUCCCACAGUAAAGAAUGAGGCAGAAGUAAUGGGUACCACGAUGAUGAUCAGGCAGCACUAG